UGGACACUAUGGGGCAGCGUUUGUCGCGAAAUACAUCCCAAUUUUCUUGUUUCCUUCUCGGUUCGAACGUUUGUCGGGAAACGAGACAUGGUGUGGCAUGUUUCUGAUCCCUGUAAAUACGCUUUCCCUGGAGCGACCCGCAUACUUCCACACAGUUUGACCAGGAAUGGGAAUUGCCAGUGACUGUAUCUUGCGAAAGCGACCACCCGUUCUCUUACUUCCACCGCUACCAACAGCAGUUUUCGUCGGUUUUACUGCCGAUGUGUGUCAAUACUGCGUCUGGAACUACUUGUGCAUUGCAUACUGUACGGAACCAUUCACCAAGAAGGUAGAUUUGACGAUUCACGUUCCCAGCCGGGUUUCCUUUUCUUUAACUUCCUCCGUAAAGGCAUCUCUGCUUCUUGUGGCAUCUGCCGGUCUACUUUCCUUGGGAACGGUCGGAGAGGGCGGGGAGCAACGACGCGCAAACAACGUCUUCGAAUAAGAGGGGUCACUUGAAUGCAGUGUUUCCGUAUUGCUGUCUCCCCAUCUUUUCAACUUGCUAGCUUCUAUGUUUUUCUUUUCACAACUCUUCACUCUCCUUUGCUCUUCCUUUGCACUCUUUUCCCCGUCGAUUCUCUAUCUCGCGACCGCCGCGUUACCGUCGAGUCCAAUCGUGAUUUGCCCGUCGAGUCCUUUUUCUUGUGCGCUUUUCACCCACUUUGCUCCCCGGGGAUUCGGCACCUCGUUGCGACGGUGGUUCUUUUCUCGUUGCCCUCGUAAAAUAGAAUGGAUGAGGCGCUGGCUGUAUACUGUAAUGUUGAAUUUUUUCCUACUGGCGCGCCCUCUUAGUUUUUUUCACCCGCAUCUACAGAUGUGGACGCAGCUCCGAAACUGUCCUCCAAAAUUCACGCUCUCUCGGGGUGGAUUGGACAGAAGAGAAUCGUGGAAAUCGGCUGGUUUUUUGUGUUUCUCGUCAGUCUCUUUUUUUACUCGAUCUGUAAUGGGAUGCUUUGCUUCUCUCUCCGCGUGGCCUCGACCUCCCCGUUUUGCCCUGAUCGUGGUGAACACCCCUGUCGCAUAGACGAGCAAGGAACACGUUCGCCGCGCUCACUUUUGGGACAGAGCCUUCGUUUCGCUUGUUUGCUUAUCUCCUUUCCCGGCCUUCUCUCUUCUGGACUGGUCCACGUUUGCUCAAUAGACUUCUUUUGCCUACGAUCUCUCAAGCGAAGCGUGAACCAGUACGCAUGCCGUUGUGACUCUCUCGCCCCGUUGCUUUGCCAGUUGCUUUCCGCAUCCUUUCUGAGAGUUCACAAACCUACGAGACAACUGUCACAUCUGGACCCGUAUUUCGGUACUUUAGGUUUUCAGAGGAACGUAUGCAAGUACACCUCUGGGUCAGGCAAAACCGUCUGUGUUUUCAUGAGUGCACUUGCCUGCGGUCACUUGGGGGCGGGAAAUGAUGGAAGGCUCAGCGUUGCGGUGAAACAGGGUCUUUCGCACCUUCUCGUUUCUAUUUUUUUGUCCACCUUCGAUGUAAUUAGUGCGCCAAGUCUUCGGAUUACGGAGUGCCAGUGAGCUAGCAGCCUGGCCUUUGGACGCUGUCUCCUUUCCCGCUUUAUCUUUCGUGAGUUUCCGAACUCUGUUGCCUAAUCAUCAUCAUCAGCUGAGUUAAGCAACACAGGGUUGAAAGACUGCGGGUUGGUUUUAGUGCCCAGACGGAACACUGGAUUGGAUUGUCGGCUCUUUCUUCCCCGGUCCCUACCUGCCUUUCUUUCGCUCUCCCUACAGCUUUUCUUUCUCUUCCUGCCCCUCUCUUUUCGACCGCUCUGAAUUUGAAAACGUACUAGAAAUCAACAAGCUACAGGCAACACUGGACAUUUUCCUUGCGGUCCUGGUCGCCAACGAUGAUGGGCGGCGGCGACGGGGCGCCGCCUGCAGGCGGUUUAUCCUUCCCUUCAGCGUCUGCGUUUCCUCCUCACCUUCCGUCUGUGCUGCCUUCUGGGGCUCCAGGCGUGUCAGACUUGGCGCCCCCGGUGCUGAUGAACCCAGGCCUUAUGGGCCUUGCCCUCGGAUUGGGCGGCGCGCCGACCGCGGUCGGAGGAGCCUUUGGAGCCCAACCAGGCCCUCGGCCCUCAGGGCCUGAGGGGAAAGCUGCUGAAGCAGCUGGAGCCAAUGGGUGGACCGAGCACGUGGGGAAGGACGGGAGAAGAUACUACUACAAUGCUGCGACCCAGCAGAGCCAGUGGGAGAAGCCGGAGGCCAUGAUGACUGAGGAGGAGAAGAAGGUAUACAACAAGCUGGGAUGGAUAAAGUACUCGACAGCCGAGGGGAAGGAAUACUGGUUCAGUUCGUAUACGAAGAAGUCUACCUGGACGACGCCCAAGGAAGUCGACGAGUAUCUCAAGCAACUGGAGGAGGAAAAGGAAGAAUGGCCCAAGUUCACAAACAAGACAGAAGCUCGUCGGUGGAUUGUUAAACUGUUUGAACUGAAGAAAUUCCCGCCGCGAAUCAACUGGGAAAAUGCAGUCAAGUUUCUGGAGACGGACAAGCGAUGGGAGAGCUUCAAGAUCCUCACGAGGGGCGAACGAAAGCAAUCCUUCAGCGAGUUCAUGAGUCAAAGACAGAAAAAGACGGCGGACAGUACGAGGAAGAAAAGGCAGGAGGCCCGCGAUGCCCUGGCACAGGCCCUCCAGAACUGGGAAGAACUCGCUCCUGGCACGACUUACAUUGCCAUGGCGGAUAAGAUGCACGAACAAGAGUGGUGGACCUUCCUCACGGAGCAGGAGCGAGAUGACUUUUUUCAGGACUACAUGGAGGAGUUUGACAAGCGCCACCGGGAGCUCUUCAAGAAAAAAAGGAAGAAGGAUGUCGAAACAGUCGAGAAGAUUCUCGACAAGCGCAGCGCCGAGUUCGAUUACCGCCGCAAAUGGGUAGACGUCAGAGACGAGCUUUUCGCCAUUCCAGAGCUGUCAACAGUGCUCAGACUCGACAUUCUGCAAGUCUGGGAGAACUGGGUGGAGCAUGGUUAUGCUGAUGAAAGGAGGAAUCGCCGUCACGUUGUUUUUCGCCGAGAAAGGAAGCGCCGGGAUGCUUUCCGCUCCCUUCUUGACGAGGCUGCGAAGAAAGGAGAGUUGACGGCGAAGACAGAGUGGCCCGACUUUGUUGCUCAAAUCGUGAACGAUCCGAGGUACUACCAGAUGGUCGGCCAGGGAGGCUCCACGCCACGCGAGCUUUUCGAAGACGCCGUCGACAAUCUGAAGGAAGAGUAUCAGAGGCAAAAGCCUGUGAUCCUUGAUUGCCUGAAAAGAGCCGGUCUGGAACUUGAUUCCCCGUCUCUCACGUUUGAGGAGUUCUACAGCGCGCUUUGCACGUGCGAAGGAAUGAAAGGCGUUUCACUUAUGAACGCCAAACUGACGUUCGAAUCGCUGACGUCUCCGGCUCGCGAUCGAGGUAGAAGCGGCGAACACGGGGCCGCGAGCGGGACACGAAACCCUGUGGCAACUGAGGACGUUUCUCGACGGGAGAGCACGAGUCCGCGGCGGACGACCGCAUGUCGAGCUCUACUGGCGAGGGAGACAAAGGAGACGAGGGUCGGGGGCCACUCGGGGUCGGCCACUUCGAGUCGAAGAAGGAGAGACAGCCCGAGGGGGAGAGACAGAGAGAGAGAAACAGAGAGGGAGUCGAGCAGAAAAGACGGGAGCUCGAGCAGUUCCUCGUACUCCGGCUCUUCGCUGCGAGGAGAGGGACGCGGACGCGAGAGGAGAAGCGCGUCGAGACAGACAGAGAGGGACGGACCGGGGGACCGACACAGAGGGCGCAGUCGAAGCAGAGAAGGAGAGAGAAAGAGGAGAAGAAGCCAUGCAUCGUCGAGGAGUUCGUCGCCCAGAGGAAAGGGCAGGAAAGACGACGGCAAGCGAAAAAGAAGACACUGAUGAGGAGACAUAACGAACGAGAGGAGAGACCGCGGAAGGGAAGCCUCGACGAGGAAAGGACGUUUUCGUAAGAAAGGGAACAAGAACCAGCAAAACUUCGUUCCCGCUCUUGAAAGUCUUGUCGGUGGCAGAGUGCAUGCAGCCAUGGAUUUAAGAGGCCCCCUUGCUACAGGGAUUGCGUUAGGAUUUUUCUGGUCACGUGCUCUCUUAGGGUUUCGUGUGAAACAGGUUCAUUUUCUCUUUUAGUCUGCGGGCGAUGCCUCAAUGCGGCAUCUGUUUUUCUGCCAGGGGUACGCUCCUCUUCACCUUUCCGCUCUCCUUCGUUCGAGCUUCUCCUCUACGGUGUUCCUUACAUGCAUACGUACCUUCCUAUUGCUUUUUUGAUUGGAGACGUGCACACAUGUUUCUACCUACCGAUGCGGGAAUCUUGCACUUUCCUCACUUUGACUGCAUCAACUUAGCUCGUGUUCGUUUCCUUCCGUUCUCCUGCUUCCCUUGUUUGUACCUGGUUCCGCUCCUCUUCUUGUUCUUCUUCUUUGCCCAUUGUGCUCUAUUCCGUUCUUCGGUGUUCAUGUCUUUUUUCUCGCCUUCGAACUUGCAAUCCUGCAGCCCUCCUCUCUCCAUUUUUCCUAUGUUUCGUCUGAUCCUUCCACUCGAGGGUUUAUGAUUCUUUCAUCCGUCAUAUCCCCCGUGUAUGUAUGUUCCUUUGUCUUCGUUCUUGUGCUUUCGUGCCCUUUGGCCUCUGUAUCAGUGGUAUUCAUGGGAACUGUAAUCAUUAAAUGCCGUUCCUGCC